UGCGAAAAUAGCUCGAUCGCUGCACCGUACCUUCUCUUCACUAGUCUUCUCUCACUAUCUUCUCCAAUGGCAAUUCAUUAGGGCGGGAUCAACGACAGGUAGGUCGCCGGAAGGCGAGCUAGCUCGUCGUCAUCAUGGACGGCGGCAGCAGCUGGUUGCCAUUCCUAGGCCGUGGAAUUGGCGACGGCGUAUCGGGCAGCAGGAGCAGUGGCUCGGAGGUGCAGCGGAAGGAGGACGACGACCUGCCGAUCAGCUCGCAAGUGGAGGAGGAGCUCCGACAGUUCUACUUGCUGAUGGGCAUGGAGAGAACUGGACACCCAGCAGAGCGAGAGACGACGACGGCGUUGCCCCCCUCAUCGGAAUCAUCCAUGUUCCGCUCCUUCCCUGGAAGCCCGGCCGACGAGGCCUCGUCGCUCAGGCCACGGAGCAGCAACAACAAUAGUACCACGGCGAACUCCUACCACCACCACCCGGCAGAAGUCUCCUCCCAGUCCCAUCUGACCGAGCUCUCCCCGGUCACCUACGGCGGCGGCCACCGCCACUGUGACGACCAUCAGUGCUACGUCAAUCUCGACACGAUCCUAAAGCUGGACGACGAGUUCAAGCGCUGCCACGACGAACAACCCCACAACGAAAGAGCGCAGCACAAGAACGGCUUCCGUGGCGGCGCGUUCGUGCCCUACACCCGCCACCUCGGCCCCAAGAAGAAGCCCAAGCCACCUGCAGGCUCCGGCGGGCAGAGGGCGAUCAAGGCGGCCAUGGCAGCCUUGGCACGAAUGCACAUGGUCAGGCUCGCCCAGUGGCAGUGCUACCAGAUGGAACUGGUGGUAGCGCCUGCGCCGCCCACCGGCGGGAUCAACGGCAACAACCAGCAGCAGCACGUUUUGUCGGAGCGCAAGCGCCGCGAGAAGCUCAACGACAGCUUCAAGGCCCUCAGGACAGUGCUCCCCCCUUCUUCCAAGAAAGAUAAGGCAUCCACACUGAUGAGAGCAAGGGACUACGUCAGCACUCUCCAGUCUAGAGUGUCUGAGUUAGAGGAGAAGAACAGGAUGAUGCUAGUACAGUUGCAGCACCGCCGCAAUGAUGUUUCUCCCAACAAGAUUGAGGUCGACAUCAGAAGUAAUAGAGAGGAAAUUAGGAAACAUGACAGGAAUUUCACCUGAAGAUAUAUAGCAGUUGUUAUGGUUUAUAGUAGGAGGCCUAAACAGCCCUCUAGUCGGCCCAUUAUAGAGGGACAUAUAGAUAAGGAUUAGGAGGAUCCUUAGAUAAGGAGAAUCUGUUUAGAGAUCCUAAUAUUAAGGAGUCUGUUUUUAAGGAGAGUCUGUUAGAGUUCCUAAGAUUAAAGAGUCUGUUUAGAGUUGGACUAUAAAGUCCAGACGUCUGUAAUCAAUUGGCAAGCAUUGAUCAAUCUAAGAAGUGAUUGUUCCCUGCCUCACCUAUGUUCCGCACCUCACCUGAGUU